GUUUUUGUUUUGUUUGGUUUGUUUCUUUAUUGCAUUUAUUUUUUUAAUUUUCAUUUGCUCUUUUCACACACCAAAAAGUAGAAAUUAAAAGGGUCGUGAUCAUGAUUUAUGCUCCACAUUUAAGGGGAAAGGGUAAAAGGAAAAAGACGCCGAGGAUGAAAUCCAAUCUUCAUUGUUCAAAUCUUUAAGAUUACGAAUUCGCAGAAAGUCAAGAGUCCAACGACGCGAAGUUUCCAAUUUAAUGUUGUGGGAGAAAAGUCUCUUGGCUGCCAAGUUUCAACUUGAACACUCUCCGUCUCAAUGGGUGUUUGAAUUGAAUGAUUUUUUUUUUUUUUACAUUUUUUAUUAUGAUUUAAUCCGAUCUCUUGCUCGGGGUUUCUUUUAUUAGUCUCCUUUUUUCUUUCAUUCAAUUUUGUUUUCUUCAAUUCUUUUGUUCGUUCUUCGGAUCAGGCGUUUGCGCAACCACAUAUUGGAUUCUUCCUACUUUAUUUACGAACGCUUUUUUUUUUUUUUUUCCCCUUCUUGUAGUUGUAGUAGCUCCAGCUGAAUCUUCCGUGCAAUUUCUUAAGGGUUUGGGCUACCAUGUUGUGCUGGGUUCCUAGCUGAUUUUUCUCUCUUUCUGUCGAAUUAUGCAGGAAAAAAAUAUGGAUGAAUCAUGAAAUUGUGAUGGAAAAAUAGUAGUUGUAUGAAAUUCUUGACCCCCUUCGAAAAGGUCAAAAUCCCUUUUUUUAUUGCAUGAUCUUGUUCCAAAUCCUUUUUAUUCCAUUGAUAGAAAUUGGGUUUUAUCAUUCUUGUAGACUCAGGAGAAAGAUUUUUUUUUUCUUUUUUCAUUCUAUAACUAUUUUGUUUACGAGACCAUCUUGCGGGCUCAUCAUUACUCUUCCUAUUUUAAAGAAUGAAGCUUGUGGUUCGUGUGAUUGAGGCACGAAACCUGCCUGCAAUGGAUUACAAUGGAUUCAGUGAUCCUUACGUUAGAUUGCAGCUAGGUAAGAACAAGAACAGGACUAAAGUAGUGAAGAAGUCCUUGAAUCCAUCUUGGUUCGAAGAGUUCAAUUUCCGGGUGGAAGACCUGAACGAGGAACUCCUAAUCUCUGUCUUGGAUGAGGAUAAGUACUUCAAUGAUGAUUUCGUGGGUCAGCUGAAAGUGCCCGUUUCACGGGUUUUCGAUGCGGAAGGCAACUCUCUGGGCACUGCCUGGUAUCCUCUGCAACCCAAAAAUAAGAAGUCCAAGAACAAGGAUUGUGGUGAAAUUCUUCUCACUAUAUAUUUUUCUCAAAACCAUUCUUUCAUGGGCGUCAAAUCUAAUGGUGAUCAUGCGCCACAUUCGAGGAAGCAUGCUGACAUUGCAAUUGAAUCAUUUUCAAGACCUUCUGAUAGCCCCUUAAGGUCAUCUUCUCCAAUGAGGAUUGAUGAAGCUGUUUCAACUAAGGAAGAUAAGUCCAGCACGCAAAAAAAAAUUUCUGGUCGAUUUGCUCAAAUUUUUAAUAAGAACGAAGAUACAGCAUGCAUUUCCUCUGGAAAAGGCAUUCAUUUGUCAGAGAUACCUGAGACAACCAAACCUGAGGUUAAUGAGGAUAAGCCUGAAGAGCAAUCAUUUUUGGGCACUUUUGAAGAAGCAAUUAAAAAAAUGGAGUCGGCUGAUCAGGGAAGUGAAAUUCUGAGCAAUUUAUCUGGAGGAGUACUUUUAGACCAAUUGUAUAUGAUUGCACCGUCAGACCUGAACUCUUUACUCUUUUCACCUGAUUCAAAAUUCCCAAAAUCUUUAGCAGAUGUGCAGGGAACUACAGAAUUGCAACAAGGACCAUGGAAAUUAGAGAGUGGUGAAGAUAGAUUGAAAAGAGUGGUUACUUACAUUAAGGCUGCAACUAAAUUAAUUAAGGCUGUGAAAGGCAUUGAGGAGCAAGUGUAUCUCAAAGCUGAUGGGAAGGUUUUUGCAGUUUUAGCAACUGUGAGUACACCAGAGGUCAUGUAUGGGAGCACCUUUAAAGUUGAAUUGCUUUAUUGCAUCAUGCCUGGGCCUGAGCUGCCCUUGGGGGAACAAUCUUCACGGUUGGUAAUAUCAUGGCGAGUAAAUUUUCUACAGAGCACUAUGAUGAAAGGUAUGAUAGAAGGAGGAGCACGACAAGGUCUGAAGGAAAGCUUUGAGCAAUAUGCAAGUUUAUUAUCUCAGAAUGUUAAGCCGGUUGAUUUGAAGGAUCUUGGAUCGAAUAAGGAACAUAUUUUGGCUUCGUUGCAGGUAGAAUCCCAGUCAGAUUGGAAGCUGGCGGUUCAAUUUUUUGCCAAUUUUACAGUAGUAUCCACCAUUUUUAUUGGAUUGUAUGUGCUUGUGCAUCUCUGGCUAGCUGCACCUAGUUCAAUUCAGGGGCUUGAGUUUGCGGGGCUAGACUUGCCAGAUUCAAUUGGAGAACUGAUUGUAUGUGGUAUUCUGGUUCUUCAGGGGAAUAGAGUGCUGAAUCUGAUAGCACGUUUCAUGCAGGCCCGAGUACAAAAAGGCAGUGAUCAUGGAGUCAAAGCUCAAGGGGAUGGGUGGUUGCUGACUGUUGCCUUGAUUGAGGGUAGUAGUCUGGCGGCUGUUGAUUCAAGUGGGUUCUCUGAUCCAUAUGUAACCUUCACUUGUAAUGGUAGAACCAGAACCAGCUCAAUCAAGUUUCAGAAAUCUGAUCCUCAGUGGAAUGAAAUAUUUGAAUUUGAUGCAAUGGAUGACCCUCCAUCUGUAAUGGAUGUGGAAGUUUAUGACUUUGAUGGACCUUUUGAUGAAGCAACAUCACUUGGACAUGCCGAAAUCAACUUUCUAAAAUCUAAUUUAUCAGAUCUGGCUGAUGUGUGGAUUCCUCUUCAAGGAAAGUUAGCUCAGGCAUGUCGCUCUAAGCUACAUUUAAGAAUUUUCUUAGAUAAUACAAGAGGUGGCAAUGUUGUUAAAGAGUACUUGAAUAAGAUGGAGAAAGAGGUGGGGAAGAAGAUAAAUUUGCGGUCUCCUCAAACAAAUUCAGCAUUUCAAAAACUCUUUGGACUUCCGCCCGAAGAAUUUCUUAUUAAUGAUUUUACUUGUCAUUUGAAACGCAAAAUGCCCCUGCAGGGCCGUUUAUUUUUGUCUCCAAGGAUUAUUGGGUUCUAUGCUAAUUUAUUUGGACACAAGACAAAAUUCUUUUUUCUAUGGGAGGACAUAGAAGAAAUUAAACUUAUUCCUCCUACACUUGCAUCCAUGGGCAGUCCAAUCAUUAUUGUGAUUCUCCGGCAGGGCAGAGGUAUGGAUGCAAGGCAUGGUGCAAAGAAAAUAGAUGGGGAAGGCAGGCUGAAGUUCCAUUUCCAUUCUUUUGUAUCUUUCAAUGUAGCACACAGGACAAUUAUGGCUUUAUGGAAGGCUAGAUCAUUAAGCCCUGAACAGAAGGUGCAAAUAGUUGAAGAAGAAUCUGAGACCAAAACCCUCCAAAAUGAAGAGGGUGGGUCUUUUUUGGGUGUUGAGGAUGUUAACAUGUUUGAGGUUCAUUCCGCUUUUCUUUCUGUUCCUGCUGACUUCUUCAUAGAGCUGUUCAGUGGUGGUGAUUUGGAUCGCAGAGUAAUGACAAGAACAGGUUGUCUUGACUAUUCUCCAUCUCCAUGGGAGUUGGAGAAGGCUGAUGUGUGCCAGAGGCAAAUUUAUUACAAAUUUGAUAAGCACAUUUCCCGUUACAGUGGAGAGGUGACUAGCACACAGCAAAGAUCUCCCCUGCCAGAUAAAAAUGGUUGGCUGGUUGAAGAGGUCAUGACUCUUCAUGGGGUUCCUCUUGGUGACUACUUCAAUCUUCACCUUAGAUUCCAGGUUGAGGAUUUGCCCUCAAAGUCAAAGGGCUGUAAUGUGCAAGUGUAUUUGGGAGUUGCAUGGCUGAAAAGUACCAGACAUCAGAAAAGGAUCACAAAGAAUAUUGUUUCAAAUUUGCAAGAGCGCCUGAAGGUGAUGUUGGAAGCAGUUGAGGAGUUUGGGGCUAGAAGGUAGAUGGAUUCAAUUCAUUGCUCUGCUCUCGGCUUUGCUAACAUGAACUGGAGAGGACUAAUUCUCCAGGAGCAGCAUCUUUCAGAGGCAAAUGCAUUCCUUCAGUGUAUCUUCUGCUGAGAACCAGUAUUCUAAUUGAAAAGAAAUGCUGGAUUCAACGGGAGUCCCUCACUGGGGGCUGAUCUCUUAGUCCAGAGAUAUUUGAUCCAUUCAAAUAAGCCCCUUCUUUGGCUGUGCAGGUGCUGCACUAAAUCUUUAAUAUGAGAUGAUUUGUACUUCUGCUAAGGGAUAUAGCUACUGGCUGGGGUAUCUGGUCUGGGAUAUAGGCUUCAAGCUUGACGUGGCUGUUUGAUUCGUUCCAAUCCCAGUGAGAUUGAAAACCUGGACUAAGAAAGGGCUGAAGUUGGUUGAUGUCUUGCCCUCUAACAUUUAUAUUGCUCCUCUUGAGAUCAGUUUUGCAAGAUAAUAUCAAGGCAAUUUUCCAAUUAUGCAUUUAAAUGUUGUUUGUACUCGAGAAUGCAGAUUGGAUUUCAAACUUGUGGAGAAAUGAGAGGGGAGACAAGCCCCACAACCAUGCAAGUACAUUUCAUACACUUUAUACACUUCAUUUUAGUCUGUAGGAUUGGCAAUGGACGGAGUGGCUUACCAUUGUUCUUUAGCAUAGACUACAGCUUGGAUUGUAAAAAUAAAAAAUGGUAAGGGUAGCAUUUAUACUAUUUAUGCUUAUGGCUAAGAUGCUGAGUUGUGGUACACCAUAGGCUUUUGGGAGUUGUCAUUUUGGAGAGUCGAAUGGCAGCUUGUUGAUAGAAACACUCUUUUAUCUUUUAACAAUUUCUCACGCUGGUUAUAUGCAAUAAGCAUUGUGGUGAAUUCAAUUGCUUGAGAA